AAGUAGCGUUCUGUAUGUAAAGGUCUUCGAGUUUAUUCCGCCGCUGUCUUUUUAAUUUGCCAACGAUCUUUUUGUCAGCGCUGCCCUCUCUAAACUAUUUCCAUUAUGGCUGACCUUUCCCGUGCAAAAGCCAAAGAUUUUUCGAUUGACUCCAUAUUGUUCCGCAAAGGACGCACCAGUCCAGACACGUGGUCAUCCAUCCGGUCAACUACACCCCACGGCGAAUCAGAAAGUAUCAGGCCCAGCAUUUUUCCCGGAGGUCAUCGUAUGCUUGCCACGGCACCUUCCCUCCGUGCACCGUGGGUAGCUCCAACGGGAUUAAAAACUGCAGCCACGGAUGUUUCGGUGACAAUGCAGCUUCCGCCGUUGAUCUCGAAUUUACAGCAUAUUUCGCCUAAUUCCCAGUUUCCCAUAUGUUCUUAUCCAGGUUUUCGAAAUCGGCGCUCGAGGAAGGCUAGCUUUGAUCGGAAACCACGACAAGCUUACAGCACAAAACAGCUAGAACGUCUGGAAACGGAAUUCAAAAUCGACAAGUACUUAACCGUUUCGAAAAGGUUGGAAUUGGCGGAACUUUUGGGACUUACAGAAGCACAAGUGAAAACAUGGAAUGCCAGGCAGGCAAUUUUUUACAGUGUUAUUUUUGGGCAGUGGUGGGUACUCUGUAGAAGUCUUAUAAUUUCAUCCGACAGCCGACAGGUUUCAAAAUCGACGAACGAAAUGGAAAAAGCAACUAAAUGCUCGGGCACGAACAAUUCAGCGUCAGAUGUACUGCAGCUGGACGGGAUUUCCAAACAAUGCGAUCUCACAGUCGACAGUUUCCCCUAA